AUGGAUCCACUAGUAGCGCCAAAACGACGAAAAACGGAUGACGUUGAUGGUUCCACCAAGCAGGUCGAUGCUCACAUCCGAGCCUUUCUUAAAGCCGUUAUAUCUGGAGCAAAAAAAUCGAAAAGCCAGAAAAUCGAGCUUGCCGCUUCCCCGACCAGUGAAGUCAACCGUAUGUAUGCUCCACCCAAACGCAAGCGCAAUGUCGCUCGUCACGAUGCGUGGACGCAAACCGAAGAAGAUGAGUUCAUAGAACCUCCCACUCCCAUGACAGACCCACCACUCUCCCCUACAACUCUUCUCUCUCAAAAUGCCGCUGCUUACUAUUCUGCAGCCCCCAAAGAAGGGUUUUUUGCGUCUAAUUGUGGUCCGUCAAAUACAGACCUUCAAUAUUUUGCUUCGGAUCCUGUGUCUAAAGUAUCUUCGAGUGAGGUUCGUCAACUUGUUGCCAACUGGAUGCAGCAGUAUGAACAGUGGUUCUACCAGCAUUUCGGCGUUGAUGUUAAUUCAGUUCCUGUUGAUACCGCGGCAGCACUAGCAUCAGCAGUCAGUCAGUCAAAACAACCAGAGCCACCCGUUCCACCACCGCCACCUCCCCCACCACCCCCACCGCCUCCACCUCCACAUGAUCCAGAUGCCGACAGGGCGGUUGCUUGUCAGACUCCAGUCCGAAUUUCCCACGCACCCGUUAUGUACCCUCAACCUAUCCCAAUCACCCCAACACUUUAUGUCCCCGUUCCUUCAGCUCCCAUUAACUCCCUCGCAACAUUCUUUUCUGGCCAAAUGGCUGCUCAGAGCCUAUUGUCAAGUUACAUUCUCACUCAGCAGCAACAAAUGGCGGCGUCUUUGGCAGCGGCAGCGUCGGUAGCCGCAAUGACGACUCCCGUUAUCCCUCUUCCUCCUCAACGACCUCCCGAAGAAGAGAUUGACCCGAAGUUGGCCGACUCUCCCGAACUCUCCGGUCCUGUCACCCAGUAUGGAGCCUAUGGAAUCCUAAAGCCUUGCUCUCUUGAUAUCGAGAAGUCUGCAGACGUGGCGAAGGAUCAACGAAACGGCGCUGGAUCGACCCAAGAAGAAGAAUUGCCGAUUUACAUCACUCCUGAGGAGUAUCAUAACCAACCACGAUCGUGGAUGCCUCCUCCACCUCCGACUGUCUUGUUGUUGAGAAAACAGGCACUGGUUUGCGUUAUGCAGGUGCACGUAUGCGACAAAGCCCACGAGAUUGCCGUGCGCAAAUCGACUGCAACCAAGAUGCCAGUCAACAUAGACUAUGUGACAGCCCUUGAAACCACGGUUGAGAAAUACGCCAAAGCGAAGGUCACCUACGUAUUCAAUCGGAUUAACCGCCUCCCCCCCGAAGCCCAGACUCCGUUCACUUGUGGUCUCAAGCACGCCCAGUUAGAGGCCAACUCCUCCGCAACCGGCGGUCAAAAGGUUGCACUAGUUGAUUCGUCCAACGAUUCAGUUCCCCGUAAUCACGCCGACUCAGUCGAAGACGAUGGAGACAAAGACGCUUGUCGGCAGGGCGAAGUUGAAGAGGGCGUAGUAACAAGGCAUUGGGUUGAUGCUCUUGACACGCUAGACGACAAGGCGACUGUAAAGGACGAGGAGGAGGGAGAAGAAGAGUUGGAUGUGGAGAUAAAUGCUGCCUGCGAGGAACACUCUAAAUCCAUGUACAUAUGCGACCUGCUAAUCGGCGAUAUCUUCAUCUGCCAGGGCCUUGCUGGACACAAACUUCAGGCAAAGUCCUGCGCAGCCCGCAAGGCAUUGGCUGUUCUCUCCAGGCCCAACUUCCUUGUCGGUGGCAUUCGACCGUGGCACAGCAGUAACGGCAAGGUCAUCGAUUACCUGACCCUCUGUCUAAGUCCCAAGGCCGACCAGGUACCCCAAUUAACCCCCUUCCUGGCUGACCCGCUUGCGUCGAUACCCUCGGACCAGCCCAUCACUCCGGACGACCCCGCCGAGACUUUUCGGGUGUGCAAUCCCAAACCCCUAGACGACUUGUGGUUGUACACUGCUCUGCCAAUUGCCGUGAACAUCGACACCGUGCUAACUCCGGACCAAUACCUAGCUCAGUCCGCCGAAUUCAGUCAGAUGACGAUCGAUUUCGAGGUGGAAUUCGACUCAACCACCGGCGUCUUCACGGGCUACGGUCUGGUUGAUGGUCACCGCUGUGCCAAGGCGACGGCCGUCAAUGUGGUAAUUGCUCGGGCACACGCCGCUUUCCGGUUGCUGCGAAAACUCAAGGAAACCCAACCCGUGGUGGGACUACUGUUGCCCCCGCCUGAUCCUGAAGACGAGGAAAUCGCAGGCCCGCAUAUCCCGGAGGACGACGACUCCAUGCACCCGCUGUGGGGUCUGACAGAGGCCAGCAUCGUGGACAGUCUGAUGUGGGGCAAACACGAGAAGCAGUUUGCUCUGCCAAUCGAGCACCUCGAAGCGCACUGCGAGCUCAUUGGAAGUUCUGCCUUCAAACCGGACGCCGAAUUCACGGCCGUCGGCAGCGGCUUCUUCAAUUCUCGUGACCAGCUUGAACAGUACGUCCAGGCGUAUGCGGCGUCGGCGGUGGUCACUCCCCUUCGCAUCUCCCUCUCGGCUCUGCCUCACUCCCUCUGGCACCUGGCUCGGGCCUCGGCGCACGCCUGGGGGCUCCUCACGCGCAUCGAGUUCGAUCUGCCCGAUCAGCUGCAAACCGCUUACCUCUUGGUGUGCAAGCGGGCGCCGCUUCCGCGUCUCAAACGCACCCUCUUCGAACGCACCGAGGUUGGCGUGUUCUACCUCCUCUCCAAAGGCAAUCUGCCCGCGUCCGCGCUGAAGGCCCUCUCCGAGGCGGAGCUGCUGGAAGACGAGGCGGUGGCGGCGGAGCCGGAGGCGUCUGUCGCCCCCGAGGAGACUCCUUCUGCUUGCCACCCCCUCGAUUCGUCUCCCCUGCCUCCGUUAGAGCUAGACGAUCCGCUGACCCGAAUGGCGCGCACUUUCCACGCCACCGGUAUCAAACAGGAGCCGAAAGAGGCGGCGGCGGAGGAGGAGGCGGAGGCUGACCUCCUUCUUGUCUCUGCCGAGCUAAACCAGCCGUCGAAUGCGAUAGAAAUCCUCGACGAUCUGCCGAGGCAAUUGAUUCCGGGCAUCGACUUUUGA